AAGAGCUAUAAGCAAGACAAAAAAGAAUACAGAGGCGUAUAUAAAGCAGAAGGAUUGGAGGAUCAAGUUUAUACAGACAAUGAUGAUGUUGAUGAUGGAAGAUGUGUUGUCUAAACUAGGCCCUGCCCUUGCAACACUCAUGUUCAUCUGUACCUUAUACCAUAACUAUUUCCCUCAUCAACUUCAAUCAUACAUAGUUUAUCCUUUCCACAGAAUUUACAGAUUUUUCUACCCAUACGUUCACAUCAUCUUCCAUGAGUUUGAAGCAGAGGACUUCUUCGACAGGAGCGAAGUGUUCCUGGCUAUCGAGAGGUACCUGGGUCAGAACUCCACCUCGAAUGCUAAUCACCUCGUCGCGAAAGCCGCCAAAGACACCACCCAGCGGGUGGUGCUCAGCAUGGACAACGGCGAGGUGGUGACAGAUGUUUACAGAUAUUAUGAGAAGGGUGAUAAGGAGGUGAAGGUAUGGUGGAGUUCCAACCAAAUACCUCCCAAUAGCCAGACCAUCACUUACUUUCCUAGGGAGGAAGAGAAGAGAUUUUUCUCGCUUAAGUUUCACAAGAAGAACCGAGAGAUCAUCACAAAAUCCUAUCUCAAGCAUGUGCUAGAGGAGGGGGAAGCGAUUGCUGUCAAGGACAGGAAGCUUAAGCUGUACACGAACAACAAGAGUGACGACUGGCGUGGGUGGAAGAGCACCAAAUGGAGUCAUGUCAUCUUCAAGCAUCCUUCCAACUUCACCACACUAGCUAUGGAACCAAGGCGGAAACAAGAGAUCAAGGAUGAGCUUCUCAACUUUAAGGACUCAAAGGAGUUUUAUGCUCAGAUAGGCAAGGCGUGGAAGCGCGGGUAUCUCCUACACGGUCCACCCGGGACAGGAAAGUCAAGCAUGGUUGCCGCCAUGGCCAAUCUUCUGCAGUACGACGUGUAUGAUCUCGAGUUGACAGCGGUGAAGAAUAACAAUGAGCUAAGGAGGCUCUUGAUAGACACUUCAGGUAAGUCCAUCAUAGUCAUUGAAGAUAUCGAUUGCUCCCUUGACCUAACAGGUCAGAGGAAGAAGAAGAAGGAAGAGGAGGAAGAUGAGGAUGAAUCAUCAGAGGAAGAAAAAGAUCCCAUCAAGGAGUUGAUCAAGGAAAAAGAGAAAAAAGGGAGUGAGGUGACUCUAUCCGGGCUUCUCAAUGUCAUUGAUGGUCUCUGGUCAGCUAUUGGAGAAGAAAAAAUCAUAAUUUUCACUACAAAUCACAUUGAAAAACUUGAUCCUGCUCUGAUUAGGAGAGGGAGAAUGGACAGCCAUAUUGAGAUGUCUUAUUGCUGCUUUGAAGCCUUCAAGGUAUUAGCAAAGAACUAUCUCGAUAUGGAUACGGAAAAAGAUACCCAACCUCACCCUCUAUUUCCAGAAAUCAAGCGUUUGCUAGGGGAAACCAAAGUUGCGCCAGCCGAUGUUGCUGAGAACAUGAUGCCCAAAUCUGCUGGAGAGAACAUUGACACUCGUCUCGAGAGACUGGUUAAAUCUCUACAAGAAGCUGCAAAUGAAGAAUUGAAGAAGAAAGCCGAGGAAGAAAAGAGAAUCGCGGAUGCCAAGGAAGAGGAAGACAUAAAGAAGCUGAAGGCCAAAAGAAAGCUCAGAGCUUGGCUAAAGAAAAUGGAGAUAUGAAGAAAGCAGAUGCAUUGGUUCUAGAAAAUGGAAUUGCAGAAAACAACGAUGAAGUUCUCAUGCUAAACAAGAAGAGUAGCUACAGUUUGAAGGUGAUAAUCUGAAGAUGGAGAAUGAGAAAUCGGAUGAAAGGUACAAUAACACUAAGAUUACUUGCUAUACCUGGUCGAUGCAAGGAUGAUUAUGUAUGGAAUUUCUUUUAUUCGUAUGUAAUGUGGAAUGGAUGGGUGAAGUUAGAAUAUGCACAAGGCUAAAAUCUCAUGCUAAAACCAUGUCAUUUAUCCCUUACGUAUGUCACAACUACACUUGGGUUUUGCUUGAAACCACUCAAACUAUUAAAAUUUGUGUUUGAUCCAUUGUGCUUUCUGGAAGUGCUUAAUAAUAUAUUCCGUAUUGCAUAACCCCCAAACAUUAAGUAAAAGAAAACAUCCAUUGUACAAGGUUUUUUUGAGGUAGUUGAUGUGACCUUAGCAAUACUAUAAUACGGAUUUUUGUUAAGUUUUUCUGAUAACAUUGUACAAGUUAUUAUUGUUAAUCCUGGUUGGUUUUCAUGUGGC